CAUACUGGAGAGAAACCGUACACAUGUGAUCAGUGCGGGACGAGUUUCUCACAAUCAUCAAGCCUUAAAAUACACAUGAAGAUCCACACUGGAGAGAAACCAUACACAUGUGAUCAAUGCAGCAAAACAUUUUUGAGGGCUUCACACCUGAAGCAGCACCUGAGAGUUCAUACAAAGGAGAAACCACAUUCAUGUUAUUUGUGUGGAAAGAGUUUUGCAUUACUACAAUAUUUAAAAGGCCAUCAGAAAAUACAUACUGGUGUGAGAGAGUACAUGUGCUUUGAGUGUGAAAAGACUUUUACUUCAGCAAACUGUUUAAAACGACAUGAGAGGAUUCACUCUGGAGAAAAACUUUACAAGUGUUCACACUGUGACAAGAGAUUCAGUCGUAUGAAAACACACGAGAGGAUUCACUCCGGAGAGAAACCAUACAAGUGUUCACACUGCGACAAAAGAUUCAGUGAUUCAUCAUCUCUGAAAACACACGAGAGGAUCCACACUGGAGAG